GAGCUCGAGACGUGGUGAAGAAUUAAUUGCUGACUGACCUGCUCUGACCUGCCGCCGCCUGCUCUCGCGCAAUGCGGGCGGCGACCGAAUCGUCGUGAGGUAAUGCUGAGCCUGAACAGAGGCCGCUAUGAGCUGCAUGACGCCCCUGUGAGGGUCCGGCGUCCGCGCGAGCCCCCGACGCGCCUGCCGCCCCACACCUGCGUGGGCUGAACGGACUGUCCCACCCAUUACUGCCGGCCGCCUCUCGCUCCCACAUGCGAGCCGGGAGGUGAGGGCGGGCGGGAGGCGGAGGCACGGGCGUGAUGGUGGCAUGAUCCCGCGGGCGUGGGCGUGGCUGGUGGUGCUGGCCGUCGCGUGGCAGCCCCCGGGAACGGCCGCCGCCGCCAAGACCCGCAUCGUCAGCACCAAGUACGGCCAAGUCCAAGGGCUCAUCCGCCACCUCGGGCACCUUCUUGGAGACGUCGAGGUGUUCUUAGGCGUCCCGUACGCCAGCCCACCCAUCGAGGAGGGCCGCUUCACACCGACCAACACGCCCACGCCUUGGGAAGGCGUGCUGGACGCCACCACCCAGCCCCAGGUAUGCCCGCAGCUCCUGCCCGAGCCCGAUGAGUCGUACAUGCCUCGCGCGCGGGCCCAGUUCAUCCGGCAGGUGACGCCCGCCCUAGCCAACCAGAGCGAGGACUGCCUCACGCUCAACAUCUACACGCCGAUCAUGGUGAUCCCCGGAUCGGAGGUGUACCCCGUGCUGGUCUACUUUCACGGCGAGAGCUUCAGCUGGGGCGCGGGGUCGCUCUACGAUGGCUCUGUGCUCGCCGCUUACGGGAGGGUCGUUGUGGUCACCAUCAACUACCGCCUCGGCCCGCUCGCGGGCCAGGCCUCAUUAGCAUACCAGUCCCUGCUCAUGUGGUACUUUCAGAUUUUGGCACUUUUGGAAUUGUGUUAUAAUCAAGUAUGCAAAUUUCGGAGCAUAUAUCAGGCUGCCUUUAGUCAUCAAAGGUUACAUCAUGGACAUGUGCGGUCACAUGUGUGGGUAGAAAAUAAAGCCGAACGUCACAUCUGGCAACACUUUUUUCUCUACGAGUUGCCAUCCAACGCACUUAUUGCCAAUGGCACUGUUUCUACAUUCUUUAUUUUCAACGAUUUGGCACUAACAAGAUACUAA